ACAACCAAAGGGUUUUUUUUUCAACGAACAAUAUGGUCGAGAACGGAAUUGUACGAACUGUGAGACGUUCGAGAACCGAGCUUCGACUGUAAUAUUGUUCAGAUGACACUGCUGUUGUACAACCCUGCCCGCUUAUUGGCUGUCAGUAAAUCGGAGUGAAAGUGAAAGCAAAAUCUGUCGGUGAUCGGAAGCCAUCACUGUGCUGAGUGUCCCUCGGAAGAAAUGGCGGCCAGGUCCUGUGUGCUGGAAGUGGAGCUCACCUGUCCUGUGUGCUACGAAAUCUACAGGGAUCCUGUGGUCCUGAAGUGCAGCCACAGCUUCUGUAAAGUCUGUCUUCAGCUGUCCUGGGGAGAUAAGGACUCUCGGGAAUGUCCAGUUUGCAGGAGAAGGUCUCCAAGGGAUCCUUCCUGCAACCUAGUCCUGAAGAAUACAUGUGAGGCUUUCUUACAGGACAGAGCUCAGAGAUCUGCAGCAGCUUCUGGCGGUCACUGCCAUCUGCACAAUGAGAAACUCAAGCUCUUCUGUCUGGACGAUCAGACACCUGUGUGCGUCGUCUGUCAGACCUCAGCGAAACAUGAAAAUCACAAACUGCGACCCAUACAGGAAGCAGCAGAAAAACACAAGGAGGAUCUUAAGUCUGCACUGAAACCUCUGCAGGAGAAGCUGGAAGCUUGGAAUAAAGUACAACAGACCUGGAACAAAACAGCAGAACACAUCAGGACUCAAGCUUGGUACACAGAGAGACUGAUAAAGGGGGAGUUUGAGAAACUUCACCAGUUCCUAAAGGAUGAAGAGGCGGCCAGGAUAUUUGCACUGAGGGAGGAAGAGGAGCAGAAAAGCAACAUGAUGAAGGAGAAGAUUGAGAAGCUCACAAAAAAUAUAUCAUCCCUCUCAGAAACCAUCAGAGCUUUAGAACAGGAGCUGGGAGCUGAAGGCGUCUCAUUCCUACUGAAAUAUAAGGAAACACAGAGAAGAGCCCAGGGCCCAGUGCGGGAUCCAGAGGAGGUCUCAGGAGCCCUGAUUAAUGUGGCCAAACACCUGGGCAACCUGAGCUACAGGGUGUGGGAGAAGAUGCUGGAGAAGAAAGUGACUAAAUACACUCCUGUGAUUCUGGACCCAAACACAGCAGAUGUCCGUCUGACACUGUCUGAAGAUCUGAUCGCUGUUACAUGGAGUAAUGAGAUGCAAGGUUACCCUAAUAACUCAGAGAGGUUUACAUUGGGCGGUGUGCUGGGAUCUGAGGGAUUCAGCUCAGGGAAACACUGCUGGGAUGUAGAUGUGGGGGAUGGAAUUACCUGGAGGCUGGGUGUAGUUAGAGAGUCCAUCAACAGGAAAAGGGUUUACCCUCUGGUGCCACAAGGGGGUGCAUGGUGUAUAGAGCUUCGUAAUAGUAAAUACACAGCAAUGACCUCACCACCAGUCCCUCUGUCUGUGGGGAGGAAACCCCAGAUGAUCAGAGUGCAGCUGGACUGGGAUGGGGGAGAGCUGUCAUUCUCUGAUCCCAGUGAUAACACUCCUCUCUACACUUUCAAGUACACUUUCACUGAGAGGCUGUUUCCAUUCUUUGGUACCGGGGAUUACAGGGUUCCUCUCAAAAUGUGCCCAGUAAAUGUUUCCAUUUCCAUCUGAGCACUAAAAUUAUAAUGACAAUUAUUGUGUGUUACAUUGAAAAUCAUAUUUCAUUUUUUUUUACAAAAAGCAGAUUCAUAUUUUUUAUAAUUCAUGUUUUAGUGGAAAUAAACUGCUUUUUCAUAGUGGAGCUAGACUGGGGGUGUCAUAUAUCUCCCUGCUAAUUUUCCAUGGCCUCUGUGGAAGGAAAAUUGCAGUAGGGCAGGGGGAGGUGCAUAGUGGGAUUGUUGUCAGUGUCUUGGGCAAGAAGAAUGUGUAUGUGUGUGAUCCUGAAGUGGGAGCUGAAACUGCCUGUUUGUGAACAUAAUUGGACCCCCCCCUGCUGAAAGAGUGGGACGUACUAGGCUAGGCUGCUCAAUUCUGCCGAGGGAGAUAAUGGGAAAGCAGUCAGAAAUAUCCAGAGGAGACAAACAGGCAUAUCUUCUCAUGCAUUAGCUAUAUAUCUGUUUCAAGCACCCUAUGGCCUAAUGAAUGUGCUGUAAUUAAAUAAAUGAAUGGACCAAAUAUAUGGUGAGACGUGGGGGGGGGGUUUGAUUUGCUUGAUUGCAUAGUGUUGUUUAACAUGGGGACAUGUAUGGGGUUAGCAAGGGUGGGGCGGCCCUGGUGGUGACUGGUGAUGGGCCUGAAGGAACAUAAGGAGAUGCAGAGGUGCACAUGAUCAUCACCUGUGAGGUCAUCACGCACUCCGCAGGCAGACAGGAGUCCCUGGUUCAGACCAAUGGGGCUGCAGAUUGGAAUUGCGGAAAUGUAUAAAAUCGGAGUAUUUUCCGUGGUCGGGGGUUCGCUUUCCUGGAAUGGUGAAACUCUGUUUCUUUGCUGUUACUGUAACUCCGGGGGGG